CAAACGCACACACAAACGCGUGUUGCGUGUCCCUCGGCAUGGCGGGCGAGUGUGUGAUCAGGGGUACGGACCUGAAGGAGCUGGACGAGGAGGGACUUUGGGAACUGAUCAACGACCACAGGCAUCGGAUCUCCCUGGGGGUCCGGCCAUGCAUGCUGAUCCCCUACCUGAGGCAGGCCAGGGUGUUGAGCGAGCUGGACGAAGACGAGAUCCUCUCCUGCCACAACCUCCACAACCGCUCCAUGAGAACCAGUUACAUGCUGGACCUUCUGAGGACUCAAGGGAGGAACGGUGGCGUGGCCCUGCUGGAGAGUCUGAUGAUCCACUACCCCUGUCUCUACACCCAGGUCACCGGGCAGAAGCCCAGCACAGAGCCAUCCAAAUUCAGCGGCCUGAUCAAGUACUCAGAGCUGACAGAGUACCUGGUGCGGGCAGUGACGGGCAUGCAGAAGGAACUCCAGGAGGCGCGCAACGAGGCGGGCCGGCAGGGUGGACGCUGCGCCGCCCUGCAGGCGGAGAUGGACCUGAUGACGGAGGCGGAGGAGAAAUCCCGCCGCUUCCGCUUGGAGAACGAGCACAUGCGGCGGCAGCUGGCGGCGGCGAACCGCGAGCUCACCAAGCUGAAGGACGAGCGGUGCGACCUGUACGUGCGCCACACCGCCGCCAUCGAGGAGAAGUUGGCCGUGAACAUCCGGAGCCGGGACCUCACCCUGCAGGUGUACCAGCUGCAGACGGAGCUGCAGAAGGCGCAGGCUGAGACGGACUACCAGAAGCGGCGCUCGCUGAAGUGUGCCUCGCCGGCAGAGACCCAGCAGCUGCGCGAGGAGCUCAGCGCGCUGCGCAGGGACAUCAUGAUGGUGGAGAAGUUCAGCCCGGCCCAUGAGGACAUCCUGGCCCAGGACCUGGCUGAGGCCCGGGACGGACGCACGGAGCUGGUAGAGCAGCUGAGGAGCUACAGGGACGAGAACGAACGGCUGCUCCGAGAGAAGGAAGAGUCCCUGGACCAGAAGGAGCGGCUGGCACUGCAGGUGAAGCAGCUCACCUUGGACUGUGACAUGUUCAAGGAGAAGAGCUCCGUGAUCCAGGGCCAGAUGAGAGAGCUACAGGACGAGAGAGACCAGGCGUACGCGUCCCGGGACGAGGCCCAGGCCCAGAUCAGCCGCAGCCUGGCCGACAAGGACACCCUGCGCUCCCAGAUAGUGGAGCUCCAGGAGAGGCUGUUCUCCUGCCAGGGGGCCCGGACCCCCACCACCAUCUGCCUUUACUCCGCCCAUUCGGGGGGCUCCUGGGACAGCCUGGGCUCCAGCAGUGAGGACUCCAGCGGGACCCCCCCCCGGCGCCCCCUCCGCCGCACGACGGCCCUCGACCCCACGGACUACCCCUUCUUCAACUCUGAGGUGUGUUGUCUGUCUGUCUGUCUGUCUGUCUGUCUGUCUGUCCGUCCGUCCGUCCGUCCGUCCGUCCGUCCGUCCGUCCGUCCGUCCGUCCGUCCGUCCGUCCGUCCGUCCGUCCGUCCGUCCGUCCGUCCGUCCGUCCGUCCGUCCGUCCGUCCGUCCGUCCGUCCGUCCAUCUAUCUAUCUAAAAAAAAAAACUACACUUACACUUGACACUUUGGGCCUUGCAAAAAAAAAAAAUGCAAAAUGCACACUGUUUAGGCGCCAAGAAGACCCUUUUAAGAAGAUAAGAUAUAUGUCAGCCGCAUUUAAACAGUGUUUAGGCAGGUGCGGCUCUUUAGCCAAUCAGAGAGCUUGUAACAUCCCAUGGCUAAUUUGCGUUGUUUUUUUUUGCAAGGCCCAAUGUGUCACGGAAAGGCUAAAUGGAUAGGCUAAAAGGAGAAGCUAAAUGACUAAGCAAAUCGAAUAGCUAAUAGGAAAAGGAAAAGCAGCGGGGAAAUGGAAAUGCAAAUGUCAAGGAAAUCGCCCUUUUAAAUGUCUGAUUAAUAUCUGUAUUCUUAAUCCAAUUUGUGAUUCCAGUUUCAACGUUGAAUAUUUGAUUUUGAAUUUUUAACAUUGAAAAAAAAGCUGAAUAGGAGUUCAUUUCAAAUCCAGAUACGUUAUUUCAAUGCAUAAAUAUUCAGUGUUUAGAGUUCAAUGGCUUUUUAUUUUCAAAAUCCGAUGGCACAGUUUUACUUCCAUAGAAGUGACUCAAACAUUUUGUUGUUGAGAGGGCAUAUCGGUUUCCACUAUAUAGGUUUCUACAGGACAAAAUCUGUGUGGGGGUGGAGGAAUCUAGUGGGGGAUAUGUUCAACAAAAGAACAAGGAAUUGAAAGCUACUUACAAUAGGCCUAGGCUACAUUCAUUUCCCAUGAUGGCAGCAAUGUUCCACUUUCAGCUGGAAUUCACCGGUACAUCAAAACCACGUGUCUUCUUUA